UGUCCACCAGGUGAGCAGGUGUAUAAAUGCAUUUGAGGUGAGAGCGGAGUGACACAGCAGGUCCCACAGCAGCAGCAGACGGAGCCCACACAAAGGUACCAGUGAUACCAGAGAGAGCUAGCAAGUAUGAUCAAAGGACUGUUGUCAGUACUGUUGGUCCUCGUGGCCGUCUCCUCUGCUCUGGGAAAGCCGGAGAAGAACAUCGCCAGGAGAGGAAAGAGGAUCCCCCAGACUCUGUCCAGAGGAUGGGGUGACCAGCUGAUCUGGGCUCAGACAUAUGAGGAAGGCCUCUACUGGGCCAGGAUGCAGAACAAGCCUCUCAUGGUCAUCUUUCAUCUAGAGGACUGCCCCCACAGUCUUGCUAUGAAGAAAUCCUUCACCGAGGACAAGGACAUCCAAAAAGUAGCUGAUGAGGACCUCAUCGUCCUCAAUCUUGUGUAUGAAACCACCGACAAGCAUCUCUCCCCAGAUGGGCAGUACGUCCCCAGAAUCAUCUUUGUCGAUCCUUCCAUGACAGUGAGAGCUGACAUCACGGGACGUUACUCCAACCGCAUGUAUGCCUACGAGCCCUCUGACAUCAAACUCUUGCUGGCCAACAUGGAGAAGGCCAAGAAGCUUCUGAAGACUGAGCUGUAAGCUCGGUGACAAGACUGGCAGCUGAUGAUGAAAAUAUCUCUUGUUCUACAGCUGAAGAGUUAACAUCCUGCUGUCAUCAGAAUCAUACCAAGCACUGGAGUGAAUGAAUCUCUACUUUACUGGGAAAAAAAACAACACAAUUCUUCUCUUGUACUCUGUUACUUCUCGUUUCCUACCUGUAUUGUCUUUGUAAUGUAUUACCGUACAUUUGACAUGUCUUUUUAAUAAAUUUUGUGCUGUUCAAUGCCCCAAACAAUGCCCCAAUCUCAUAGUUUUUUGUAAAAAAAAAAAACGUUCUCAAGGAUUGUGUGUGAAGCGAAGAAAAAACCCCACACACGAUUGCUGAAUCGACCUCCGGCUCACAUCCUGGAUGGGCGGGACCACAGGAGCUGAAAGACCUUUUCCUGAGUCACAGGGUUGCUAUGGUUACAGAACCCCAACCAUUGUUCUGUAACGAGUUCCGUGUGCACAGCAGCCGUGGCAGAUGCUGGUUGGUCAGGGGUUGAGAGGGGGACACAUUUGUGUUGGGCAAGAUUGUGUGCCAAUGUUACUCAUGAAUGCAAAUAAAAUCAUUCUUUUUGUCAGUUAA